UUCAUGUGAAGUUUUGCUUGCUUCUUCUUGUUGUUAUUAGUUUCUUUGGUUGCUUUUAUCUGACAAUGGCUCAAACAGGUGAGGAUGACGAUAAGGCAAAGUCUCUACAAGUUGAGAUUCGGUCGCAGUGGGCAACAGUUGAGAGAUUACCAACUUUUAAAAGGGUUACUACUGCUUUGUUACACACAAGAGAUGAUGCGUCAGAUAUCGUUGAUGUUACUAAACUUGAGGGUGCUGAGAGACGCUUGUUGAUUGAGAAGCUCGUCAAACAAAUCGAGGUUGAUAACCUUCGUUUAAUCAGAAAUAUAAGGAAGAGAAUCGACGAAGUUGGUAUAGAGUUACCAACGGUGGAAGUGAGGUUCAAUGACCUCUCUGUUGAAGCGGAAUGCGAAGUAAUUCAUGGAAAGCCUAUCCCAACUCUUUGGAAUACUAUCAAGGGCAUACUAUCUGAGUUCAUUUGUUCAAAGAAAGAAACCAAGAUAAGCAUCUUGAAAGGCGUGAGUGGAAUCGUAAGGCCUGGAAGAAUGACGUUGUUGCUCGGUCCUCCUGGUUGUGGUAAAACCACCCUGUUACAGGCACUUUCUGGAAGACUUCCCCCUUCUGUAAAGGUUGGAGGAGAAGUAAGUUAUAACGGUUGCUUACUUUCAGAGUUUAUUCCAGAAAAAACGUCGAGUUAUAUAAGUCGAAACGAUCUGCAUAUUCCAGAGCUGAGUGUGAGAGAGACGCUCGACUUCUCUGCGUGUUGCCAGGGCAUAGGAAGCCGUAUGGAAAUUAUGAAAGAGAUCAGUAGAAGGGAGAAACUCAAAGAAAUUGUUCCAGAUCCUGAUAUAGAUGCUUACAUGAAGGCAAUAUCUGUUGAAGGUUUGAAAAACAAUAUGCAAACUGACUAUAUUCUAAAGAUCCUUGGACUCGAUAUCUGUGCAGAUACACGAGCUGGAGAUGCCACAAGACCUGGAAUAUCUGGUGGCCAAAAGAGGAGGUUGACAACAGGUGAAAUUGUUGUGGGUCCAGCUACUACUCUGUUCAUGGAUGAAAUAUCAAAUGGUUUGGACAGCUCAACUACGUUCCAGAUAGUGUCGUGUCUCCAACAGUUGGCGCAUAUAGCUGAAGCCACCAUACUGAUUUCACUUCUUCAGCCUGCACCAGAAACAUUUGAGCUUUUUGACGAUGUGAUUCUUAUGGGGGAAGGAAAGAUAAUUUACCAUGCUCCACGAGCUGAUAUCGGCAGAUUCUUUGAAGGUUGUGGAUUUAAAUGUCCAGAGAGAAAAGGCGUUGCUGACUUCCUCCAAGAGGUUAUGUCUAGAAAAGAUCAAGAACAAUAUUGGUGCCAUAGAAGCAAGCCCUACAGUUAUAUAUCUGUUGAUUCAUUCAUCAAGAAGUUUAAACAAUCAAAUCUUGGGUUUCUGCUGAAAGAAGAACUGUCAAAGCCGUUCGAUAAAUCCCAGACUCGCAUGGAUGGUCUAUGUUUUAGAAAAUACUCACUGGGUAAAUGGGAGAUGCUUAAAGCUUGUUCGAGGAGAGAAUUUCUUUUGAUGAAACGGAAUUCUUCCAUUUACUUGUUCAAAUCUGGACUGUUAGUGUUCAAUGCGAUAGUCACAAUGACCGUUUUUCUACAAGCUGGAGCUACGAGGGAUGCUCGUCAUGGGAAUUAUCUUAUGGGUUCUAUGUUCACUGCUCUCUUUAGACUUCUUGCCGAUGGGCUUCCAGAACUCACUUUGACUAUCUCUAGAUUGGGAGUGUUCUGCAAACAGAAAGAUUUAUACUUCUAUCCUGCUUGGGCAUAUGCAAUUCCUUCAAUUAUCUUAAGGAUACCUCUUUCGGUUCUCGAUUCAUUCAUUUGGACAUCACUGACAUAUUAUGUCAUUGGUUAUAGUCCCGAAGUCGGAAGGUUCUUCCAGCACUUCAUUAUCUUACUUACAUUCCACCUUUCAUGUAUAUCAAUGUUUCGCGCUAUAGCGUCAAUCUGUCGGACAUUUGUUGCUUGCUCAAUCACUGGAGCUAUUUCGGUAUUGGUUCUCGCAUUAUUCGGAGGCUUCGUUAUUCCAAAAUCGUCCAUGCCUACUUGGCUGGGUUGGGGAUUCUGGCUUUCUCCCUUGUCAUAUGCUGAGAUUGGUUUAACCGCAAAUGAAUUUCUCGCUCCGCGGUGGAGAAAGUUAAUCUCUGGUAACACUACAGCCGGGGAACAAGUGUUAGGUGUCCGUGGAUUGAAUUUUGGUAGGCACGCUUACUGGACAGCUUUUGGUGCUUUAGUCGGGUUUGUCUUGUUCUUCAAUGUCCUCUACACGUUGGCCCUAACAUAUCGGAAUAAUCCACAAAGAUCCCGUGUUAUUGUCUCGCAUGGAAAGAACUCUCAGUGCUCAGAAGAAGAUUUUAAACCCUGCCCUGAAAUCACUUCGCGAGCUAAAAGAGGAAAAGUUAGCUUGCCUUUCAAGCCACUCACUGUCACAUUUCAAAACGUGCAAUAUUAUAUUGAAACUCCUCAGGGAAAGACGCGGCAACUUCUCUCUGAUAUUACAGGCGCGUUGAAGCCCGGAGUUCUCACGUCUCUGAUGGGUGUCAGUGGAGCAGGGAAAACGACUCUUCUUGAUGUCCUUUCUGGAAGGAAAACCCGCGGUAUCAUCAAAGGAGAGAUCAAAGUAGGGGGAUAUCCUAAGGUUCAAGAAACAUUUGCACGAGUAUCAGGUUACUGUGAACAGUUUGAUAUUCACUCUCCUAAUAUAACUGUGGAAGAGUCUUUGAGAUAUUCUGCAUGGCUUCGACUCCCCUAUAACAUCGAUUUAAAGACAAAGAACGAACUCGUCAAAGAAGUCCUCGAGACAGUUGAGCUUGAGAAUAUCAAAGAUUCCAUGGUGGGACUUCCUGGAAUAAGUGGUUUAUCUACAGAACAACGCAAAAGGCUGACUAUAGCCGUGGAGCUUGUUGCUAACCCUUCCAUCAUAUUUCUGGAUGAACCUACCACAGGGCUUGAUGCAAGAGCCGCAGCCAUUGUUAUGAGAGCUGUUAAAAAUGUUGCUGAGACUGGAAGAACAGUUGUUUGCACGAUCCACCAGCCGAGCAUAGAUAUCUUUGAGACAUUUGAUGAGCUGAUCCUGAUGAAAGAUGGGGGACAGCUUGUCUACUAUGGUCCUCUUGGAAAACAUUCAAGUAAGGUUAUCGAAUACUUCGAGAGCAUUCCUGGAGUUCCAAAAGUCAAAAAGAAUUGUAAUCCAGCCACUUGGAUGUUAGAUAUUACUUGUAAAUCUGCAGAGGACAGACUUGGAAUGGAUUUUGCACAAGCAUACAAAGAUUCAACUCUGUACAAGGAGAACAAAAUGGUGGUUGAGCAACUGAGUUCUGUGUCUCUGGGAUCAGAAGCUCUGAGCUUUCCUUCGCGUUUUUCACAAACAGGUUGGGGGCAACUAAAGGCUUGCCUUUGGAAACAACAUUGCUCGUAUUGGAGAAACCCUUCACAUAAUCUCACUCGCAUAGUCUUCAUAAUGCUCAAUUCUCUGUUAUCUGGCCUUCUCUUCUGGCAAAAAGCUAAGGACAUAAAUAAUCAGCAAGAUCUUUUCAGCAUAUUUGGCUCAAUGUACACUCUAGUAAUCUUCUCAGGAAUAAACAACUGUGCGACUGUGAUGAACUUCAUUGCAACCGAACGCAAUGUUUUCUAUCGUGAAAGGUUUGCGCGGAUGUACUCCUCAUGGGCGUAUUCAUUUUCUCAGGUCCUAGUUGAGGUUCCAUACUCACUACUCCAGUCCCUACUAUGUACGAUUAUUGUAUAUCCUAUGAUCGGCUACCAUAUGUCAGUUUACAAGAUGUUUUGGAGCUUGUACAGCAUCUUCUGCUCGUUACUUAUCUUCAACUAUUGUGGGAUGCUUAUGGUUGCGUUGACGCCAAACAUUCACAUGGCAUUGACUUUACGCUCAACUUUUUUCUCCAUGGUGAAUCUGUUUGCUGGCUUUGUCAUGCCAAAACAGAAAAUCCCAAAAUGGUGGAUAUGGAUGUACUACCUGAGCCCGACAUCAUGGGUGUUGGAAGGAUUACUGAGUUCACAGUAUGGAGAUGUCGAGAAAGAGAUAAUAGUAUUUGGAGAGAAGAAGAGAGUUUCAGCUUUCUUGGAGGACUACUUCGGUUACAAACAUGACUCCUUGGCUGUUGUAGCGUUUGUUCUCAUCGCUUUUCCUAUUAUCGUUGCUUCUCUUUUUGCCUUCUUCAUGAAUGAAGACGAUAAGGCGAAGACCCUCGAAGUUGAGUUUGCUUCUGGAAAUGAUGAGGAGGCGCUUCGGUCGCAGUGGGUUACUGUUGAGAGGUUACCAACUUUUAAAAGGGUUACUACUGCUUUGUUCCACACGAAAGAUGAAGUUUCAGAUAAAGGGAGAGUCAUUGAUGUUACUAAACUUGAGGCUGAUGAGAGACGCUUACUAAUUGGAAAGCUCGUCAAACAGAUCGAGGCGGAUAACCUCCAUCUACUCAGGAAAAUAAGGAAGAGAAUCGACAAAGUUGGUAUAGAGUUACCAACGGUGGAAGUGAGGUUCAAUGACCUCUCUGUUGAAGCGGAAUGCGAAGUAAUUCAUGGGAAGCCUAUCCCUACUCUUUGGAAUACUAUCAAGGGCAUACUAUCUGAGUUCAUUUGUUCAAAGCAAGAAACCAAGAUAGGCAUCUUGAAAGGCGUGAGCGGAAUCAUAAGGCCUGGGAGAAUGACGUUGUUGCUCGGUCCUCCUGGUUGUGGUAAAACCACCCUGUUACAGGCACUUUCUGGAAGACUUUCCCAUUCUGUAAAGGUUGGAGGAGAAGUAAGUUACAACGGUUGCUCACUUUCUGAGUUUAUUCCAGAGAAAACGUCGAGUUAUAUUAGUCAAAAUGAUCUGCAUAUUCCAGAGCUAAGUGUAAGAGAGACACUCGACUUCUCUUCGUGUUGUCAGGGCAUCGGAAGCCGUAUGGAAAUUAUGAAAGAGAUCAGUAGAAGGGAGAAACUCCAAGAAAUCAUUCCAGAUCCUGCUAUAGAUGCUUACAUGAAGGCAAUAUCUGUUGAAGGUUUGAAAAACAAUCUGCAAACUGACUAUAUCCUAAAGAUCCUGGGACUCGAUAUCUGUGCAGAUACACGAGUUGGAGAUGCCACGAGACCUGGAAUAUCUGGUGGCCAAAAGAGGAGGUUGACAACAGGGGAACUUGUUGUGGGUCCAGCUACUACCCUGUUCAUGGAUGAAAUAUCGAAUGGUUUGGACAGCUCAACUACGUUCCAGAUAGCGUCAUGUCUCCAACAGUUGGCACAUAUAGCUGAAGCCACCAUACUGAUUUCACUUCUUCAGCCUGCACCAGAAACGUUUGAGCUUUUCGACGAUGUGAUUCUUAUGGGGGAAGGAAAGAUAAUUUACCAUGCUCCACGAGCUGAUAUCUGCAGAUUCUUUAAAGACUGUGGAUUUAAGUGUCCAGAGAGGAAAGGCGUUGCUGACUUCCUCCAAGAGGUUAUGUCUAGAAAAGAUCAAGAACAAUAUUGGUGCCACAAAGGCAAGCCCUACAGUUAUAUAUCUGUUGAUUCAUUCACUAAUAAGUUUAAAGAAUCAAAUCUUGGGUUGCUGCUAAAGGAAGAACUGUCAAAGCCGUUUGAUAAAUCCCAGACUCGCAAGGAUGGUCUAUGUUUUAGAAAAUACUCACUGGGUAAAUGGGAGAUGCUUAAAGCUUGUUCGAGAAGAGAACUUCUUUUGAUGAAACGGAAUUCUUUCAUUUACUUGUUCAAAUCUGGACUGUUAGUUUUUAAUGCGUUAGUCACAAUGACCGUUUUUCUACAAGCUGGUGCUACGACGGAUUCUCCACAUGGGAAUUAUCUUAUGGGUUCUCUAUUCACUGCUCUCUUUAGACUUCUUGCUGAUGGGCUUCCAGAACUCACUUUGACUAUCUCUAGAUUGGGAGUGUUCUGCAAACAUAAAGAUUUAUACUUCUAUCCUGCUUGGGCAUAUGCAAUUCCUUCAAUUAUCUUAAAGAUACCUCUUUCGGUUCUCGAUUCAUUCAUCUGGACAUUACUGACAUAUUAUGUCAUUGGUUACAGCCCCGAGGUCAAAAGGUUCUUCCUGCACUUCCUUAUCUUAUCUACAUUCCACCUUUCAUGUGUAUCAAUGUUUCGCGCUAUAGCGGCAAUAUUUCGCACAAUUGUUGCUUCCACAAUCACUGGAGCUAUUUCCAUAUUGGUUCUCUCAUUAUUCGGUGGCUUCAUUAUUCCAAAAUCAUCAAUGCCUGCUUGGCUGGGAUGGGGAUUCUGGCUUUCUCCCUUGUCAUAUGCUGAGAUUGGUCUUACCGCAAAUGAAUUUUUCUCCCCAAGGUGGAGCAAGUUAAUCUCUAGCAACACUACGGCCGGGGAACAAAUGUUAGAUAUCCGUGGGUUGAAUUUCGGUAGGCACUCUUACUGGACAGCUUUUGGUGCUUUAGUCGGGUUUGUCUUGUUCUUCAAUGCACUCUAUGUGUUGGCCCUAACGUAUCAGAAUAAUCCGCAAAGAUCCCGUGCUAUGGUCUCGCAUGGGAAGUACUCUCAGCGCAUAGAAGAAGAUUUUAAACCCUGCCCUGAAAUCACUUCCCGAGCUAAAACAGGAAAAGUUAUCUUGCCUUUUAAGCCCCUCACUGUCACAUUUCAAAAUGUGCAGUAUUAUAUUGAGACUCCUCAGGGAAAGACGCGGCAACUUCUCUCUGAUAUUACAGGCGCGUUGAAGCCCGGUGUUCUCACAUCUCUAAUGGGUGUCAGUGGAGCAGGGAAAACGACUCUUCUUGAUGUUCUUUCUGGAAGGAAAACCCGCGGUAUCAUCAAAGGAGAGAUCAAAGUAGGCGGGUAUCCUAAGGUUCAAGAAACAUUUGCACGAGUAUCAGGUUACUGUGAACAGUUUGAUAUUCAUUCUCCUAAUAUAACUGUGGAAGAGUCUUUGAAAUAUUCUGCAUGGCUUCGACUCCCCUAUAACAUCGAUUCAAAGACAAAGAACGAACUCGUCAAAGAAGUCCUCGAGACAGUUGAGCUUGAGGAUAUCAAAGAUUCCAUGGUGGGACUUCCUGGAAUAAGUGGUUUAUCUACAGAACAACGCAAAAGGCUGACUAUAGCCGUGGAGCUUGUUGCUAACCCUUCCAUCAUAUUUAUGGAUGAACCUACCACAGGGCUGGACGCAAGAGCCGCAGCCAUUGUUAUGAGAGCUGUGAAAAAUGUUGCUGAGACUGGGAGAACGGUUGUUUGCACGAUCCACCAGCCGAGCAUAGAUAUCUUUGAGACAUUUGAUGAGCUGAUCCUGAUGAAAAAUGGGGGACAGCUUGUCUACUAUGGUCCUCCUGGACAACAUUCAAGUAAGGUUAUCGAGUACUUCGAGAGUAUCCCUGGAGUUCCCAAGAUCCAAAAGAAUUGUAAUCCAGCCACUUGGAUGUUAGAGAUUACUUGUAAAUCUGCAGAGGAUAAACUUGGAAAUGAUUUUGCACAAUUAUACAAGGAUUCAACUCUGUAUAAGCAGAACAAAAUGGUGGUUGAGCAACUGAGUUAUGUGUCUCCGGGAUCAGAAGCUUUGAGCUUUCCUUCACGAUUUUCACAAACAAUUUGGGGGCAACUAAAGGCUUGCCUUUGGAAACAACAUUACUCGUAUUGGAGAAACCCGUCACACAAUAUCACUCGCAUAGUCUUCAUAUUGCUCGACUCUAUGUUAUGUGGCCUUCUCUUCUGGCAAAAAGCUAAGGACAUAAAUAAUCAGCAAGAUCUUAUCAGCAUAUUUGGUUCCAUGUACACUCUAGUAAUCUUCCCGGGAAUGAACAACUGUGGGGCAGUGAUAAACUUCGUUGCAGCGGAACGCAAUGUUUUCUACCGUGAAAAGUUUGCACGGAUGUACUCCUCAUGGGCUUAUUCAUUUUCUCAGCAUCUUCUGCUCGUUGCUCAUCUUCAAUUACUGCGGGAUGCUUAUGGUUGCUUUGACGCCAAACGUUCACAUGGCAGUGACUCUACGCUCGUCUUUUUUCUCCAUGUUAAAUCUGUUUGCUGGCUUUGUCAUUCCAAAACAGGUAAGGCUCCCCUUAUCUCUCACGCCGUUAUUACAUACAGCCAAGAUCCAAAGUAUGUCAUGGAAGCUGUGAAAAUCCCAAAAUGGUGGAUAUGGAUGUACUACCUGAGCCCGACAUCAUGGGUGUUGGAAGGAUUAUUGAGUUCGCAAUAUGGAGAUGUGGAGAAAGAGAUAACAGUAUUUGGAGAGAAGAAGAGAGUUUCAGCUUUCUUGGAGGAUUACUUUGGUUACAAACAUGACUCAUUGGUUAUAGUAGCGUUUGUUCUCAUCGCUUAUCCCAUUAUCGUGGCAACUCUAUUUGCCUUCUUCAUGAGCAAACUCAAUUUCCAAAAGAAAUAGUUUUUAUGUAAUGAUAGCAGUUCACUCUAUACUUACUUUCAAUUAGAGUCCAUCGGCUUUGCUUUGUCACCAUGGAUUUUGGACUCUAGAAGAAAAUGGCUCUUUGACU